AUGGAAAUGAAGCGAUUGCAACACACGAAUCUCGUUUCUGUUGUUGUAGUAACGUGGAUUUUUUAUGCAUUCCUUUGUCAAGGUGAGUUAGAAAAAUGGGUUUAGGUUAAUUGACAUAACUUUGGAACAUAAACUUUUUAUUCAACAUGAGAAAAUAUAUUUUAAAACAGUUCUCUGGUCAAACUAAGGGCCUGUUUACAUGGAGUGGGGGACCCCGGUCUAGUGGGGUUGGUUUCUUUUGUUUUCACGCUCUGAGGGACACAAAACAAAAGAAACCUACCCCACUAGACCGGGGUCCCUCACUCCAUGUAAACAGGGUCUUACUUAUCUUUUACAAUUAGAAUUCAUUCUGCAGACGUUUUGACUGAGACAGCAACAAUGGAAAGUGGAAUUGCAUAUUGAAAUGGAAUAACAGACAGUUAAUAAUCUGCUGAAAGCAACUUUCCCUAAGCUUUUCAAUCAGUGAUGUGAAAAACGGCCUCAACACAUAAACGAUAUCUUAAAUUAACACUCAAUAUGUUACACAAGGACAGAAAUGAUGCUUUAAAAUUCAUACUUGUAAGUCUAACGUAUUACAGUAUCUUGGUUUUCACGUGACGUCAUGAUUAAAAACGGAAAGGGUUUGUUUUUGAGGUUUCAUCCUCAACAAGCCUAUAACUUUAAAAAAAUCGGAACUUUUUUACGAGUUUUACGGCUGACGGGUUUCUCAGUUUUGAAAAUAAAGCCCUUGUUCUCGCGCGACAUUAAAAAUGCAACUGAGAAAGCUGUCACGUUUGUAAAAAAACACGAUUUGUCGUACGACAUUUUUAGAAAUAUGUUAAGGUGAGCAUUUACUAACUAAUCACAUUCGUGGAAAGACUUGACAAUAGAUUUUGCAGUAAUUGUAGCCUCCAAAUUUGUUUCUCAGAUUGGCACAAACAUGGAGUCGCCAGAGAGAGUCCUAUAAAUUUUUGUAAAACAUUUGGAGAGUAACUUAUUAGCAGCGGAAAACCGCACAGACCUGAGACUUAGACAUAUUGUUUAUUCAUCAGUAUUCGAUGAUAACUCAAAUUCGUGGCUUGAGGCCAGGUAUUUAAAAAUGGUUUCAGUCAAUGGUUUCAUAGUCUUCGAUGGCUUGUCAGUGAAAACCAUCAACAUCCUCAUGAUGAGCUGAGGACCACAGAAAAUACUAAACGACUUCACGAACAGUUAGUGAGCUUUAGCAGAGGCGUCUUUGAGCGACAGACGACAACUCAACGUUCCCUUUUAAUAUGCCUUGACUCUACCACAUUUGUAUUGUCAAGUUCUUUUACCCUUUUUUAGAGACGAUUUGAGGAAAACCCAUGCCCAAGAAUGCAAAUCGUGCACUUCCCGUUGCCUUCCGUCGCUUUAAAACGCCUUUGCGUAACUGGCGUAAGAGAGCUCUAAAAUCCAAUUUUUUUUCAAGGCAAAAGCUCUUUCAAAAUAUGCCUUAAAAAGAAAAAAGAAACAGAAAAGACACAAAGAGAAGGAGAAAAAAGGAGGAAAAAAGGAAGAAAAGUAAAAAUAAUGAAUAUUCGCUACACUCUUUUUUUUCCAUAAGAAUAUAUUUUAUAAGAAUAUCGAGGCUGAAAUUUGCGAAAUCUUAAGAAUACUUUAAGAAUAAACUCCAGGCUGAGAUUUUGAAAAGGAUAUAAUUUCCCGUGGUGAAAAUCUGUAAAUACAAUACAAAUAUACCUUUUCAAUUUAUUCCUUUCUUUAAACGGCAAAACUAGCUAACUAUAUUUAACAAAACUAUAAUUGACACCUAAAUAUAUUCUAAUUCGGAAAUGUCAUAAGCUAUUAUUAGGAAUAAUACAAGAAUAUUUACAACCUAAAAUCGGCGGAAAAGUAAGAAUAUUCAGCCUGGCCCUGGAAAACAACAUUCUUAUUAAAAAAAAANACAAAGAGAAGGAGAAAAAAGGAGGAAAAAAGGAAGAAAAGUAAAAAUAAUGAAUAUUCGCUACACUCUUUUUUUUCCAUAAGAAUAUAUUUUAUAAGAAUAUCGAGGCUGAAAUUUGCGAAAUCUUAAGAAUACUUUAAGAAUAAACUCCAGGCUGAGAUUUUGAAAAGGAUAUAAUUUCCCGUGGUGAAAAUCUGUAAAUACAAUACAAAUAUACCUUUUCAAUUUAUUCCUUUCUUUAAACGGCAAAACUAGCUAACUAUAUUUAACAAAACUAUAAUUGACACCUAAAUAUAUUCUAAUUCGGAAAUGUCAUAAGCUAUUAUUAGGAAUAAUACAAGAAUAUUUACAACCUAAAAUCGGCGGAAAAGUAAGAAUAUUCAGCCUGGCCCUGGAAAACAACAUUCUUAUUAAAAAAAAAGAGUGUAUCAUGCAAUUGCGUCAAUCAGAAAUGAAAACAAGUAAAUCGGUAGGUGGAAUUAUGUGUAGUGGACGUACAUUUCCAUUUCGUUUCUUGGCUGAAUACGCAGGCUUUGAUGUUAUAUUUAGUAUCGCUUGUCACAGCAAUAAUUCCUGGCAACAAAGUCAGUUCUGGAUCAAUAAUUAAGUGAUGAUCUAUAGUCAGAACGGUUGCAUUUUCUUGAUUUAUGCGGUAAUGCUCUCUUCCCUCACAAGAAUGUAUUCAUUUACACAAGGGGAAUGCAUCAAACUGCAGAAGAGCAGUUUGCAGAAUACUGAAUGUCUUUAAACCCCCGUUUUGAAAGGAUUUAUUGUUUAACGUUAAGACCAAUCAUUACAGUUCCAUCCAAUAGCCAAGAAAAGCGAAUAGUUUCAAGUUUUCCCACAAAGUGUCCCACGUAGCAUUUCCUUGUUACAAGGAAGUUAACUGGAAAACUAUAGAUAAACAUACAUCCCGCUUUGUGAAGUCCUCGUCAUCUUUUCUGUUUGCAAUCGAGAAGUAUGGUAAAUUAUUCUUACUUGUUGUCAGACUAUUCCACACUUCCACACACCAAACAGUUUGGAACUAAGGAAUCGAUAAGUCAAGAAUGACUGAGGGGAUUCAUGAUGAAGAGAAGUGCAACAUAAUCUUUACUCCAUCAGACUACAGACAAUUCCACACCUCUAGAAAUGUGAAGCAAAGUAAAGAAUUACAAGGGUUCAGUGACGAGGGAGAAGCAUAACAUAAUCCUUAUUUUGUCAGACCAUCCCACACUUCCACACCUCUAGAGAUCUGAAGCAAAGCUAAGUGAAGAAUUACAAGGGUUCAGUGAUGAGGGAGAAGCAUGGUGACAUAAUCCUUACUCUGUUAGACCGUUCCAUACUUUUACACCUUUAGAGGUGUAGAACAAAGGGUAACCAAAAUAAAAAAGGAAUGUCGUGGCUAGAGUUGGACAUUUGUGACUACCUCGAUGGUGAAAGAGUGUGGAGGGAAGGGGCGGGGUAGGGUGUGAGGGUUAGAGGUAUGGGAUAAAGCUGUGCGGCAUUGUUAAUAGAUAAAGGGGUAACGUACCGUACAGAGGUGAUCACAUAAAUCAAAAGAUAAACUUUGUUGCGUUUAUAGGUCAGAAGAUUAAAAGUAAAUCACCAAGUUUUUCAAGUUCCAUCAGCGGUGUAUCAUCAUUAUCGCAAACCAAAAUUCACUCGGAAAGUUCAGUGGCUUCCAUCACUACUCCUCGUUCAGGCCAACGAACGAUUACAUCCCCGUCAUUAAGUACUGAAAUUGUUUCAUUACGUCCGGUAACUUCCUCAAAGGCCAAGAUAACGCAAAACUCGAGAUUAUCUGCAAGUAAAUCAUGGUCAUCUAGUACCCAUUGGCCUGUUACAUUUUCUAUGAGUGUUGUUUCCAGAACUGCCUUUUCUUCAAAGCUGCAACAGCCAACAAGCACACAAACAGUUUCUGUUAAGUCCUUUGAAACUCAACUUCAUCCGAUUCCAAGUCAAUCUCAUGGUGUUCCACACACAAAACCAAUUUCGCCGCCAACUCGAAAUCUAGAAAAAAGUUUUAAAAGGUUCGGUGAGACAAUAACGAGCAAUCUCGGAGAAAAAGAAAGCAAGGAAUUUCAGGAUUUUGCAGCGGAAAUAAAAGACAAUAUUAACAACGCGCUCAUGCCUCACGUAGUGAAGACAUUUCUUGAAGCUAACAGUGUCAUUUGCCAAAUAAAAGCAUUCGUUCAAGGGGACUCAAAUAACACAGGAAAAAAGAAAAAUCGUUUGAAAAUAAAACCUAGUACGAAUCCAAGCCAAUCCAGUGGUGUUUCAUCCACAAUCACUAUUUCAUAUACGACUCAAACACCAGCAGUCACCCUUAAAGGGUCCGAUGUAAUAAUAAUGAUAAUAAAAAGAGAUUACAAUAGCAGUCUUGGAGACAAAGAGGGCAAGAAAUUUCAGGACUUUGCAACGGAAGUUCAAGAGAAGGUUAACAACGCACUCAAAAACUUAAGAGGAUUUCACUCGUUGUUGGUUAAGAAAAUUAUUCAGGCUAACAGUGUCAUUUAUCAACUAAAAAUAUUCGUCCACAGAGAUUCGAAUAUUAAAGGAAAAAUGAAGACGAUGUUUUCCAUAAACCUCACUGGGGUGCUUACUGAGACUUUCGGAACCACGCAAACGUCGUCCCACACAACUGCAUUAACACCUUCAUCACCACCAUCCAUUACUAAGGUUGAUUCGGUGAACUCUUUGACAAUUUCAACCCAAACUAAUCCGACCAAAAGUCAGUCCGUUGGAGUAUCUUUAUCGUCGAUUUCGGAAGUCGGAUCGCAAACUUCUGGUACUCUACCUACCUCUCAAUCGUCGCCAAUAAGCCCCUUCUUACUUUUUGUGGCUUCACAUACCACGCAAACAUUAUCACAAGCAAGCACAUUUACAAGUGUAUCACUAUCGUCUUUUACUGAUGUUGAUCCAGUAAGCUCUUUUGCAUUUUCAACCCCAACUACGGCAAGCCAAAGCCAGUCCUAUGCAGUAUCUUUAUCGUCGAUCCUGGAAUUAAGAUCUCCAACUUCUGGUGCUCUAACUACGUCUCAAUCGUCCCCA